AAAAGUGCCUCAAAACGAGCACAUGGCGUAGUUACAGUUUGCAUUGGCACGGUUAUCACUCCGCCGUAUGUAGUUAUUAGAAAAUGUGACGUUUCCUGAGGAGGUAUCGUGUGUCAGUUGAAGCAGUGCGGUCUGGUCCGGCUGUGUGUUGUAACUGCCGUUUCCUUCAGCUGACGUUAGCCGUGAGGAGGAGCUGUUUCUCAGCACGACCACACCGACCGAGUUACCACGGCUGCUCACUGCUGAUGAGGCUGCUCUCAUGUCGACUAAAAGGCCAGCGGCGACGGACAAAGUAAAACUUUCAUUUCCCAACUUUCCCUAAAGUCUUCAGGGGCCACUUUUUUAGCCACAUUUUUUAAGACGCGACAAAGCGCCCAGCAGCAACGCCCCGCGGCGGAAAUUAAGGCCUCACUAUGUCUGAUGGGGAAUAUGAUUACCUCAUCAAAUUUUUAGCCCUUGGUGACUCUGGCGUGGGGAAAACAAGCUUCCUGUACCAGUACACAGAUAGCAAGUUUAACUCCAAGUUCAUCACUACAGUCGGAAUAGACUUCAGAGAAAAACGAGUGCUGUACAAAUCACCUGGUCCAGAUGGCACAUCAAGCAAAGGACAGAAGAUCCACAUGCAGCUGUGGGACACUGCAGGACAGGAGAGGUUUCGAAGUUUGACGACUGCUUUCUUCAGAGAUGCGAUGGGUUUCCUCCUCCUCUUCGACCUCACAAACGAGCAAAGUUUCCUCAACGUCAGACACUGGAUGAGUCAGUUACAGAUCCACGCAUACUGUGAAAAUCCGGACAUCGUUCUGUGUGGGAACAAAUGUGACCUGUCGGACCAGAGAAUGAUCAGUGAAAACCAGGCUCGUGAACUCGCCGAGAAGUACGGAAUCCCGUAUUUUGAGACGAGUGCUGCAAACGGGGAUAACGUGAGCCAGGCCGUGGAAGUCCUGCUGGAUCUCAUCAUGAAGAGGAUGGAACGAUGUGUGGACAAGUCCUGGAUCCCCGACGGGACUGUCCGAGCUAACGGACCCUUCACCCCAGACCUCUCAGAGGGCUCCGACAGAAGCAGAUGUGCAUGUUAGGUUUAUUUUAAACAUCUGUGUUCAUAGUGUGGGUGGGAAAUGAUGAAGAGGUGGGAGUCUGUAUAUUAUUAUUAUCAUUAUUAUUGUAUGCUCUGUGAUGAUCAUUUGUGCCAUUCAACCAGUGUGUUACACAUUUCCAUCCAGUUUGUCAGUGCUGAGUUAAAUGCCUUUUGGAUUUGGACAUUUAACUUGAAUUGAUUUAAUGAGUCUUUUGAAUGAUUAAUUCAUGCUGGUUGUGAUUUUGGGAUAUUUAUUUCUUAUGAUGAAUAGCUUAAAUUUCCAGAUCAUAUAUUCAAAGGUGAACUGCAAUGCCACAGGUUUUAUGAAUAUACUUGCUUUAGAGAUAAAUUAGCUAUUUAUGGAUCUUUAGGUUAUGUUCUACUGAUGCUCUUCUGAAUGUUAAGCUGUAAUCUCACCGGUGCCACAGCAAGAGGAAAUGUAGCUCACAGUGACCAUCCGGUGUUAGCUAGAUGGACAAGUAACACUCUUUAAUUUCCUUCCUAAAUCUUUGUGCUUGUUUGCCUGCAAAAUUACAAAACUCUGUUUCACUAAAUUAUCUAAACUUUAUUAUGUACAGUUAAGUCCAAUAAUUACUAAAAAAAAAGUACAUUCAGUAGUUAGAAUGAAUUAAAUAAAGUGAUUUAAAACAGGGCAAUAACUCAGGAACGGGGAUGAUUCGGGUUCUCUAUCCUGCAGCUGAAAACAGACUGUUGCAGAAAACGCUUAAAAACAAACUUUUGGGCAUAUUUGGACUUUUUUGGGCUAAACAUAAUACUCAGUUUUAUAUUUUAAGCUAAAAUAUCAGUGUGUGGACUUUCAGAUUACUUUUGAGGAAUAUUUUGGAGACUAAAAAUGAUCAAAAUGGCUUCUGAUUAAAUAAAUGCAGAAGCCUGUUGUUAUCCCAAUAAUAACACUUGUGUCUGAAGAGAGGCUUUGACUAAUUUCCUGAAUUUCACCCAGAUUUUCAGAUUUAUCAUCAUUUGUAGUAUUCGUAAAGUCCCGAAGACCUUGACAAAUAAAUAUUUAUUACUCCAGAGGGGCGUAUUACGAAGCAGGUUCAGCAUAUCCAGGCUUCCCUGGCGUUGCCUGGCUGGAUAAAACUUAAAAACCCAGUGGUGUGGUGGGAAAAUCAGGCUUUCUGCUUCAGACUCUGAGCACACUCGCAUAAAACAACGUUUUUGACAACUUGUUUAAUGUCUGAAGCUUUUAAACAUUCAAACGUUACUCGGUGUGUUCAAUUCCGAUGAUUUCCCAUCACUUUAGUUUAUCGGCAGAUUAAACCGAAUGUAAAUUAUAGAAUAACUACGAUAACUCAAGAAGGAUGUUACCUAGGAUUUUCAAACUGUUUCUACUGCUACUACUGAAAAUGUCAGAUGAGUUCAAAUCUCAGUGAACUUGACCUCGAAAUCAGAGGUCAGAGCUUUUAAUGCGACCUGACUAGAUUACUGUGGUAAAACAAAAGUUUCUGCUCGUAUUUACAGUUGCUCCAAGUGCUAAAGGAACACAUUUCACAAAUGAAAGCUGCAGAGCCUUACCUCACUAACGCGAAGCCCAACUGUAAGGUUACAGCAGUGCUAACUGUGCCUCACACUGUUGCUGAAAUUCAGGCGGUUAUGCAGAAAUUUCACGUUGGCUGCUUGAUCCAAAUCUGCUGCUAGUCUGUUUCACACUGCUGGGUUUGCAGCUACUAGAUAACAGGUUAGAAAACCGAUCAGUUACAUUUUUAGGCUUUAUUCACCAUGUUAAAAAAAUCGUGUUCACAUUGAUCCGGUGGUAGACUGAAGUGAAGGGAAUUUAAAUAUACUAACUCAAACUUUAUUUUACUGCUGAAUGUGAUUGUGAUAAUUGGAGAUUAACGAUUUCCUGCAGGAUUAUACUUGGUCUUCCAUUUUGCUGUUUAGAUCUCUAUCACUUAGUCUUUGUCUAAAGUUGGUGAUACACCGGAGACUCAUUUCUAUGCAGAAUUAGAGGGAAAUCAUACAUCAAAAGCAUCUUUUUAUGUGAGUGUACGCAAAGCCUGAAGCAGAAAGUUAACAAAGAAAGCUGAUACUGCAGGUUCAGGUUUUGUUAAGCUAGUUAACGCCAGAAAAGCCUGGCUAUGUUGAGCUUAAUUUGUAGGAAUCCCCUCUGGCUUGUCCUUUGACUGUGUGUGGAUACUGUUUAUUUAUCAGCACCUGUGGAUAUAAAAACAAAAGCACCUGUCGCUGUUGCUUAAUUCUCAGCUCUUUCUUGGUUGCACACUGUUGCUGAAUGUGUUUAAAACUGAUGCGCUCGGAUGCUGUAUUAUAUUUAGGGCAAAAAAAUGGGGCUUGCACUUUAGUUUACAAUCAAGGUAUCCAUUUAAUCUUUCAGAUCAAUUUUGUACCUCUGAUAUUUACAUUAAACACUGAAGUUACAUUUUAUUUAUGAAAGUUUGAGAGUGAUGUUUUAGUUGAGUCACAUUAUUUGUCACCGAAAAUGAGAUUUGAUCACAUAAGAAAGGCAAAACUGAAAUGUGUCAUAUUGUCAGUUGUGCCAUACUUUCAUAUGCAAAAUGUGUAAAUUAUAUCCAGAAAUAAACAUUUGUAUUU